UUGGCGCCAAACUUCCCAUGGCUGGACGCGCUACUAAACAAAGUAGCGCCAUCGGGUAAUAAUAGACCGAGGGUUGUGCGCACCGUUAGAAUGGCGUUUGCUGGGACAAAUAUCAGUUUGUCCCAGCCGGAUAUCACGCAGAAACUAACGGAGCGCAUAGACGACCUGAAGCAAAAGAUUGCCGCUUGGGGGAAGCGGAUUCGCCGAUUUACCGAGAGGUCAAGGCGGUUCAACCAGAAUCGUCUCUUCCAGAGUGAUCAGAAGAGGCUCUACAAAUCAUUGGAGCGACCAGAGGUAUGUGGAGCGGGCCCAGGACCGGAUCAGGCUAACACUGUCGCAUUUUGGCGUGGCCUGUGGUCAGAGCCCGUAAACCACAGCGAGGGCCCUUGGACGGAAGUUGUGGCGAGUCAGUGUGCGAGUAUUACGCCCAUGGACUCCGUCAUCACAACGCCGGAUGACGUAGCUGAGGCGGUCCGUAGAGCCCCGAACUGGAAAAGUCCGGGACUCGACGGACUACAUCACUAUUGGCUGAAGGGGUUCAUGGUGUGUCACGCUGUGCUCGCCCGUCAGUUUCAAGAGGCUCUCAACCAGAAGUCGCUCCCUAGCCUCUUCACUACUGGGAUCACUCAUUUGGUUCCUAAAGACCAGAGGGAUAUCACGCGUUUCAUAUUCAGCGUGUUCAACAACUUAACGACGCAGACUAUCCAAGGCGUGUUGCUUUCUGCCAAAUAA